AUGGAAACAGUAGCAGAAAAAGCCGACCUGAAGAACGGUGGUGGCGACUGCACCAACGGUGGCUGUGGCGACGGUUGCGGCUGCGGUUGUGACGGUUGCGGCUGCGGUUGCGACGACGGUUGCGACGACGGCGGGUAUGAGGAUUCGGGAGUGCGGGCGGAGUUGGGUUUGUGUGGUGGAGACAUUGAGAGUUCGGCGGUGCCGAACGGUUGUCCGGAGGCGUUGCCUGUGACGCGUGCGCGUGUGUUGGCGGUUACGGAGGAAUCGGGGUCGUCGGAGUCUGCGACAGUAGUGGUGGCGCCGUUGUGGGUGAAUCCGGCGGCGUAUGGUUGUUAUGUACGGACCUUUGGUUGUACGCACAAUGCGAGUGACGGGGAGGUGUUGAAGGGUGUGUUGCAGACUGCAGGGUUCCCGGUAUUGGAGUCGCUGGAGGGGGCGGCGGUGGUGGUGUUAAAUACAUGUACGGUGAAGAACCCGAGUCAGGAGGGUGCGUUGAAUAUGGCGCAUCGUUGUCGGCGGAACGGGCAGUUUGUGGUCGUGGCGGGAUGUGUUCCACAGGCGGACGCUAACAUGAAAGAGUUAGCGACGUUCAGUUGCAUAGGCAUCAAGCAGCUGGAUAAGGUGGCAGACGCCGUAACGGAGACAAUCAAGGGCAACGUUUACCGCGCUUUAGGACAAGACAGAGCCCUCCCCUCAUUAGACCUGCCCAAAAUUCGGAAAAAUCGGUUCGUUGAGAUCAUCCCGCUCUCCACCGGCUGUCUGGGCGCCUGUACUUAUUGCAAAACACGUUUCGCUCGGGGAAGUCUAGGGUCCUACGAGCUGGCCGUCAUUCUCGGCCGCGUCGAACAGGCCGUGAAGGACGGCUGCCAACAAAUCUGGCUGAGCAGCGAAGAUACCGGCGCCUACGGACUUGACAUCGGACUCGACAUCAGCCAACUUUUGUUCGCAAUCGACGCCCUACUCAAUGACUUGGCCGCAAACGUCAUCUGCAGGCUCGGCAUGACCAAUCCGCCUUAUAUUCUAGACCACCUAGACGAUAUUGCCACCGUCCUCCAACGCAAACACUGGUUCAAAUUCCUUCAUAUACCCGUCCAAAGUGGGAGCACCAAGGUACUCACCGACAUGAACAGGGAGUAUACUCGCGAAGACUUCGAACGCUGCGUCACUGCACUUAGAAACCGCAUACCCGACAUCACCAUCGCCACAGACUUUAUUUGCGGAUUCCCCGGAGAAACCGACCAAGACCAUCAAGCCUCCCUCGAUCUCAUUGCCCAAUACAAAUUCCCCGUCAUCAACAUCAGCCAAUUCUACAGCAGACCCGGCACCGCCGCCGCCAAAAUGCCAAAGGUCAACUCCGCCGUCGUCAAGAAACGAAGCACCGAAAUGACGCACCUCUUCCAAACCUACGAAACCUACCAACACAAUGUCGGCCAACUCAAGGAAGUCUGGUUCGACGGCCGCAGCGACCGCUCAGACCAUUUCACCGGCCAUACUGCCGAAUACGUCAAGGUUCUUGUGACGACUGGUGUCGAAAUGGGCAAAAAAUACCUCGUUCUAAUAGACAAGGCUACCAAAUGGCACUUGGAGGGAACUGUGGUUGAGUAA